AUGCGUCACUCGUUGUUUUCAUCCUUGCUCGGCCUAGCCACGAUCGCGGCUGGUGCAGUACUUUCCCCAAGAGAAAAGGAUGUUUCCUUGAAUAAUCAGUGGAAGAACCAUAAUGAAAUCGCGGCCUUCCAGCAGCAAAUGGCAGACGGCACGCCGGGCGACAUCGAACUUCGUUUCAAGCCUUGGCUGAACGAUGGUAGCGGAUGCUUUCCUUACGCAGCUGUUUAUUCCCGAGUUGGAACCUCGAAUGGGCGCCCGGCCGUUCUCUACUCGUGGUAUCUUCCCAAGAUCCAGACCAAGACCGAGAACCACAGGCAUUGGUAUCUCAUCAUUGUGGUUUGGUUGCAUACCGAGACAUGCAACGCUGCUGCUGGCGAUUACGACAUUGCAGGCAUCAGCUACUCAACCGGUACGGAGACGUACGACAAAAGCCUCACCUCGUCCACGAUGUUUGCCUCCGGAGAUAGCGGGACGGGUGCUACCAACACGCACGCCAUCGUGGGCUACGACGGCCAGGUCAACGUCUUCCCCUCAGCGAACAAUGCUCAGUACGGACUCAGCCCGCCUUUGAUUAGCUGGGACAAGUUGUCGCCAGCGGCCACGUCUCAGUUCAAUGCCUUCCGCUAUGAACAUGCCCGCUGCCCCUUCACCGACGCCAACAUCCAAGCCUCUCUCGACGCAGCAUACAACGCGGACUUUUACGCUAAUCUUCCUGCCGAGCCUGACUCGAACUGCGGCGCGACUCCCACCAUACCUUCAACACCAGAUGCUUCUUCGACGGGGGUUUCAAGCGACCCGAACACUGACCCUGUUGAGGAGGGACCAGAGAUUCCUCUGUCUUCCUUCCCGGCGGAUCCUACCUACACACCUACCCCUGCCAAGAGGCUGAUCAGUCUCAAGCCACCUUCCCAGAGAUAG